GUCCUCGAAGCCCAGAACGCCCCAGCGCCACCGGCGGCACCGACCACGCCGGUGGGGAGCGCCAGGAGGUCGAGCCAGCGGCCAAAAAGCGUCGCACCUUAGCGCAGGCCAUUCCCACGGCUGGCCCGGGCGGCCUACCGGCUGCGGCGCCCGCAUCCCCGGUGAAGACCAAGGGACCCAAGCGAAAGGCCGCCCCAAGUGCCUACUCCUUGUGGAGCUUGGAACAUCGUUCCACUGUGGCUGAAGAAUUGGAGCAGGAGCUUCAACGAAAGCCUACUUUUGGCGAGAUCAGCAAAGCUGUGCCAGAGCGUUGGAAGGCGGUGAGCGAGGCUGAUAAAGCCAGCUAUGAAGAGAAGGCCAAGCUGGCGAAGGCAGAAGCGAUGCACGAUGUGCCAAAGGAGAAACCCAAGAAGGCCGCUGAAGGAAGCAAGAAAGGCAAGGGCAAGGGCAAGGGCAAAGGCAAGGGCAAGGAUGGUGAGGAGCCCAUGAUGAGCCGCGCCGAGUUCUUUGCUGCCAGCCCUGUCAUCAACUGUGCCUUUCAAAUCCCAGGCGUUCAGGCUGCCGAGAGCUCCAUGGAGAAUCUGGUGGCGAGGAUGUUCAAGUCGCAGGGGGUUGGCUGGUUCUCCUCCACCAAGUUUCAAGUCCCUGUGGCAUCCAAGGAGGUCACUGUGCAAGCACAAGUGGUGAUGAACGUGGCGGGCUCGAAGCAUUGGGAGGACGGCGAAGGCCUGGAUGAAGUCAUGACAAUGCUGGAGCAGCGUCAGGCGGGAGGCUGCAAGCCAGAGGAGGGCGUGGAUUCUGUGGCACCGGAGAAGUCUGAGGUACAUCAGGCUCUGGAACAUCCAGAGACAGAAAGCGCGCAGCAAGAGGCUCCCGCUGCAGCUGCAGGGAACUCAUCUGAGGCUGACGCAGCUGCCAAGGACGCUGAUGAAGCACCACCAAACGUGGAGGCUGCUGAUAGUACGGAAGUUGGAUCAAAGCUGGAGGAUGUGAAGACGCAGGAUGACGCCAAAGAAGUGGAGCCUUCGGAGGUGGAACAGCCGAACAACGAGGCAGCGAACGGCGAAGAGGAUUCCAAGAUGGAAGAUGCUGCCCAAGCUGAAGCCUCUGAGGCGCAGCCGGUAGACGCGCCAAAGGAGGCGAGCCAUCCGGCCGAGUCGCCCAUGGAAGAGGCUUCGGAUCCCAGUGCAGAGGUGGAAUCCAAGGUAGCCGACCUAGAGGAGAAAGCCCUGGUCGGCGGUGCAUGA